AUGCCCACUCACUCCUUACUCUCGUUUGUGGAGAGUCCAGACACUGUCACGCAGGACAUCCUGAUUGGCCACAGUGCCAAAAUGCCUGAUAUCGUCUCCAGCAUGACUCCACACGGCCCCUGCUUGGAGAGGGCCAUAGUAACAGCAGUGGACCAGCUCAUCUGCUGCAUGUUCUGCGAGAAAACCUUCGAUCAUCAAGAUGACCUGGGCCCCCACGUCUUGGAACAGCACCCGACCACAUUUCCAGAACCGGCCGUGCUGCGCGUAGAAGCCGAAUUUCGCAUUCCCGAGGGACCAGCAGCGGCCUCCAAAGAUGUCCGCCCUCCUGCUCCUGCGAUAACGGGCCCAACGCAGCGGCCUCGUCGCUCACUCAUUCAGAAGGACAAGAACAAAGAGAGGCCCACCACGUGUGAGGACUGUCAGAAAACAUUCAGGACAUAUCACCAGCUGGUCCUUCACUCCCGGAUCCACAAACGAGACCGUCCAGGUGGAGAGAGUCCCACAUCUGGGCUGGAGCUGAAGCCGAGCCUCAGCGGAGCUGUGGAGCCGGAGGAGGAGGAGGGACUGAUCACAGAGGAGGGGCCGCUUACAGACAUACUGGCAUCAGCUGAAGAGGGUUUUGAACGCACAAAAGGCCGAUCGAAGGAGUGCACUUACUGCGGGAAGUCGUUCAGAUCCAGCUACUACCUCACUGUUCAUCUCCGAACUCACACAGGUGAAAAGCCGUACAAAUGCACGUACUGUGACUACGCCGCUGCUCAGAAGACGUCAUUAAAAUACCACCUGGACCGACGCCACAAAGAAAAGCCUUACAUGGAGCUUCCUAUCCGCCCUUCCUCCUCCUCCUCUGCCUCUCUGCCUUCACCGCCAGACCUCAAAAUGGAACAGGACAGCGAAAACUCCUCCUCACCGACCAAAAUGUGGAUUCAAGACUCCAAACCUUACCCCACGGAAACCAAAUGUAUUCCCAGCGUAUUAGUCACCGACUCAAAGCCACUCAACUACAGGGAUUUUGUCAAGUGUGCAGCUGAACUUCACAUGCCUGUAAACCUGAAAACUGAGAAACAGGAGAUAAAAGAUGAAAAUUACGAUGACACGCCGCUGAAUUUGUCCCUUAAAGUUUCGCUGUCCAUUUCAGCCGCACCAAGAAAAGUUUCCAUCCCCAUUGCAUGCCAACAAUGCCCCUAUAAAACCAUCUACCCAGAGGUUCUUGCCAUUCAUAAGAAGUUGGCGCACAAGGAGAAGUCCGAUCAUGUCCGGAGGUCUGCGGUUUCGCUGCAGAAAAGACACACUGGCUGCCCCCCAGCAUUGGAUGGCAAAGAUGUAACCCCACUGCCAAUCCUUGUAAGAAGUUACCCGAGAAGAACCAAAUCGCCGACGCCGGUGCCUGGGAAAACGCAAGAAAAGAAGAUGUCAAAGCAGUCCCAAAAUGAAAGCCAAAAAUGCAGGCAGAAUGUGGAGUUGCAAGGUAAUGGCCAGGAUGGUAAAUUUACAGAAGUGAUGAGAAAGCCAAGCGCCGGAGGUGUCAAGUACUUGCUGGAUAUCCCAGACCGCGUGGGGACCGUAGAGAGAAGUUACCCGGUUAGAACCAGCGUCAUCUGGAAAACCGACGCGCCUCACAUGUGCCUUUCGAGCCGAUUCGGUAAACUGCCUCAUUUGGAUAUGGGCGAGCCGUCGAACAAGCGGCCGAAGUACAACGGAGCGAGAGAAGGCGACGCGGUGGAGAUGGCCAUGGGUUUUAGAUCCGCGGGGGAGAUGCCAAGUCUGUCAAUGAUGUCCGGGAGAGCGAGUUUGCCGGGUUCCUCCAUUCAGGACGCGCUGGGGGCGGUGAGCAGCUCGUCCGUGGCACUAGGGGGCGCUCUGGACGCGGAGUGGGGAAACAUGAACCUGCUGCGCUCCUGUACACUCAACGAUCUGGCGUCUCUCUACCACACGUCACCAGGAAACCCUCCCAGAAUAGGGGGCAGGACUGUGCUGUACCAACACCUGCCGACUUUGCAAAAUCUACCUCGGAUAGAAUCAAGUGCACAGUUCCCCUACCAGCGCUAUGGCAAUGCUGACAAAAGUGCCUAA